GAAAGCUGAUCAAACUGCUCAUGCUCCAAACCUGGGAGCAGCUGGCUUGCUGAAACUUUGAGGGCUUUAUUUUUUAAUUAAAAAUAAAAAAGAUCAUCAAAUAUCCCACGUUUGAUCAUUUCAAACUUCCUGAAAAGUAGAAGCUAUGAUUGGUGGAGUGAAACAGGAGAGAUGCGAAGAAUGGCCGUCUUUUUACAUGAACCAGGCUUAUCGUGGAGCAGACGGUAUGAGAUUAAGCAGUGGGCCAUAUUCUUCUCCAGAACAUUCCUUUCAUGUCUUCAGUCUCCCAAGAGAACCAAUGUCUAGAGAAGACACAGAAAGGAUUGAGAGUCCACCAGAUGUCAUGGCCCAACAGCGAUGUCCUGAAACAGAUCAUAAUAGACUGGAGCACCCUGACCUGAAAUCAGUGUACCGGAGAAGCUUCAACCACACCAAGCCUCCAUAUUCCUACAUCUCAUUGAUUUACAUGGCUAUCCAGCAGUCAUCAUCCAAGAAGCUCACCCUGAAUGAGAUCUAUGACUGGAUCCGCCAGCUCUUCCCUUAUUACCGGCAAAAUCAACAGCGCUGGCAAAACUCAAUACGCCACUCCCUUUCAUUCAACGACUGUUUCGUGCGAGUCCCAAGGUCCCCAGAUUCUCCCGGGAAAGGAUCCUUCUGGACCCUGCACCCUGACUCUGGCAACAUGUUUGAAAAUGGCUGCUACAUGCGCCGACAAAAGCGUUUCCGGUGCCAGAGUGCAACAUCACCAUCCACAACUAAAAAUGGUUCAAAGAAAACAGACAGGGAAGUAGCAAAGGAUGAAGGCAAGAAAAAGACAUCAGAGGUUAAAUUGAGAGCCUUAUCGUCUCUCUCCCCACCUCAGCCUUCUAAACCUCUUAUGCCAACAGUGUUGUCAUCAGUCAUGGAUUGCCCUCCCAUGUCACCUUCACAUAUCCCACCUCAGCAACAUACCACAAACUCACUGACUCCCUUUCCUCCAUCCUCAGAACCUUCUGCACACCUAACAAAUUUAUCUUGCCCCACCAUGUCAACACUUCAGCCAACUGACUCCUGCCCGUUGGAACCUUACGUUCAUGGAGAACCCUUUUUCCACCAGCCUCUUUCUGUGCCACCAAUUAUGGACUUUCAGUGCUAUGAGCCUCCUGUGAGUUACCCUCUUUAUUACCCACCAUCAAGCUCCAACAUUCAUCAGUAUAAUCCAUAUCUGACAAGUAAAGAGGAAUCAUCAUAUGCAGGAGACUCAGUGUGCUACUCUGGACUCAGCAUGUGCCCACUGCCAGUUUUAAGCUCCUCCUGAAGCACUAGUUUACCCAUUUGUUUUUGAUCUACUAAAGUGCUACUUAUGUGUUUUUGAACUUUUAAGAAAUACUGUAUAUAAAUUAAAAUUUUAGAUAAUAAACCUGCCCUCAAAUGCAAACAUGUUUGUCAUAGUUAUAAUUUACAGGACUCAUUAGCCAGUUGCUAGGUUUCCUCAUAAAUAAAGUUCUUGAAAUUGUAUUAAAUGCUGUCAUGAAGCAGAUAUUACUGAAGUGUUUGUGGUUGCAUUUGAUGUUCUAGACGUCAAACAAACAUUCCCAUAGAUUUUGGGUUUAGCAUUGUUUUGUAGCAAUCACACGUGGCCAUAGAUUUUGAUGGGACAAAAUGAAAUUAAUAACAUAACAUAGCCUCAAACAAGCAGAAUAACAUUAUGUUUAUAAGAUAACAUAAAUAAUAUGGCCUCAAACUAAUUCAGAAGUCAUCACAAUUGACUUAUGCAAUAUGUCAUUCUCUCACCACUCUCUAAUUUUUCCAAUUAAGUGUCAACAACGUAAAUUCAUCCAGCAUGAGCAUGAAGCAGAGAAAAUCCUGCCCCAGUAGACCUCUACUAAAACUUUUAAGUCCAAUACUGACUCUAUAGGACUAAGUAAUGCCAACACUUUUCCAAUAAAUGCAAGCAAAUCAAAACAGUAUCAGUUUAUAUCUGUCAAAUAGAUCAUUUUAGUGAGUUUUUCCUUGCCACUGCCGCCUCAGGUUUGCUCACUAGAAAUAAAAU